AUGAUUCCUCGAACGAUAAGCAAGGCACAAGCACAGAUGUUGGAUCCGAGGAAGUCGGCCCACAAACAUCUGGUUAUGAACUCCGACAAGAACGUCAAGUUGAAGGUGCUACAGCUCGGAGAACCUUUGGAUGCUCCAGUGGAAGCGGCAAUGAGACACGAGAUGAAGAGUUUUUAUCCCAGAUUAAAACUGAAGGACGAGAGUAUCACUAACGACAACUACACAACGGUUAAGGAAAGAUUCCCUGAGGCUUUCAAACCCCAUCCUAGUAGGGCGCCAACUUUUGUGGAAGAAAGAAUGUGUACCAACACGUAAGUUAGUCCAGUAUUCUUUAGUGUAGAAUUUAGUAAGUUUUUUGUUUCGGAAAUCCCUACUUUUAAUUGGCAAUAUCUAUAGCAAGUUCGUGUUUUAGGAUUACUUGGGACAAAGAAUGCGAUGUUUAUAUUGUCUACGGGAUCGAUCCUUGUCGAGGAGAACUAGAAAAAGAAGAGAACACUGUGGACGACAAUUCCCCUGUCCCACCACAGAACACAUCAUCUGGAUCAUCGACAUAA